UAUGCGCAGUGAAGGGACUACCUAUUACAGAUUAAGUGUUGGGUUCAGUAAUAUUUUAAGUGUUUUUGGAGAGUUUUCCUGUGGUGUACAUUGUAGCAUAUAACAAAUUGUGUAAACACCUCACUUUAUCUGUCUCUCUCUCAAACCAACACACACACAGAGAUCUAUUUGGACAAAUAAUUACAAAAAGCCAACAGGAGCAGUUACUGUAACGCCUCACAUUUCUUCAAAAAACCCAUGGAUGACUGGAACCCACAAUAGCUGCUCGACUACUUCCGCGCAGGCGCAGAAUGAGCGACAGUCGGACUACCAAACUGGUCAAACAGCGGGUGUGAAAAAGCAUAAGCUGAAGUCUUCGCAGAGGGACAAGGUACGGCAGUUCAUGUCCUUCACACAGGCUGGGGAGAAAACAGCCGUGUACUGCCUGACGCAGAAUGACUGGAAACUAGAAGUCGCCACUGACAACUACUUUCAGAAUCCCGAUCUCUACUGUAAGGAGUCCAUGAAAACGUCGGUAGACCGGAAAAAGCUGGAGCAGCUCUACAAUCGCUACAAAGACCCCCAGGAUGAAAAUAAGAUCGGCAUCGAUGGGAUCCAGCAGUUUUGCGAUGACCUCUCCCUGGACCCAGCCAGUAUCUCCGUGCUCGUCGUCGCGUGGAAGUUCCGCGCUGCCACUCAGUGCGAGUUCUCCAAGAAGGAGUUUCUGGAUGGAAUGAUAGACUUGGGGUGUGACAGCCCCGAAAAACUGAAGGCCCUCUUGCCAAGAUUAGAGCAGGAGCUCAAAGAUAGUGGGAAGUUCAAGGACUUCUACCAAUUCACCUUUAACUUUGCCAAAAAUCCUGGACAGAAGGGUCUAGACCUGGAGAUGGCGGUAGCCUACUGGAACCUGGUUCUGUCAGGACGGUUUAAGUUCCUUGAUCUUUGGAACCGAUUCCUUUUGGAACACCAUAAACGAUCCAUCCCAAAGGACACAUGGAACCUAUUGUUGGACUUUGGUAACAUGAUCGCAGACGAUAUGUCAAACUAUGAUGAGGAAGGAGCAUGGCCGGUCCUUAUAGAUGAUUUUGUGGAAUUCGCCCGACCAAUUGUAACAGGAUCGAAACGCAAAACUCUCUAAAUCCAAUCCCAACUCUGGAAAGCCAGAACCCUUGUUUCUUUUACAGUGACUUCAUAGUUUUUUUUUUUAAAGACUUGUACACAAAAAAAACAAAAAAAACAGUGAACAUUGUAGACUUCAGAGAGAAAAACAGAAGCACUUGAAACUGUCAGGACACCCACCUUUCAGGGAGCUGAGUAAAAACUAUGAGAACAAGCGGCCACAUUUUAUUUUUUUUUGAGGCGUCACUUCGGACAUUGGCCGGUUUCACCGUUGUCUCUCCUGCGGGGGACGCUCGGCAUCCUGGACGUUCCUCGGCUCUGCUCCAGGAGGAGCACUACCUGUCCAGCCCACAGCCCUGCAGCGAUGGACACGGUGAUGGCCGCAGCACUGGGAGGAUGUUCACAGGCUGUGUGUGCUCUAAAGCGACUGAAGAGGCAAAAAAAAACCUGUGUUUUAAGACUCUCCCUCGUCGGCUUUGUGUUGUCAUAUGAAGCUCUGAGUGGCUGUGCGACGGUCCCGUGUCUUACUCUAACUUCAGGACCGAGUGCUCACGACACCAGCACCAACAGAACUGUUUCCGUUUUUACUGUACAUACUGUAUCUAUUGGGACAGUUUACAAAGAGAGCUAUAAGAAGAAAUAAUAUAAAUACGUUCAAUUUAUAAAUGCAGAUGAUUCUUUUGUGUACAGUAGAUGCUACGAUCUGUAACGGAUGCCUCAAUAUAGUGGAUGAUAUGCUGUCAGUUUAAUUGUUAGGUGGAUCUGUCGAGUCAUGGAUUUGUGAGCUUCUCAUUGAAAGCAUGUUUAAAAACACGUUUUUACGUCCCCCUCGGGCUGGUUUCACAAAUACAUUUUCACUAAAGUAAAGGCAACGCUUUAAUUUUCGAAAGCUCACGUUGGUUCGUGGUAUUUCAUUUGUCAGGUUCAUCUCGGUUGGGAGUUGGUCUCCGAUCCUACAAGUGACGGGAGUCCAUAGCGUCGCACAUUUUUUUUGCUUUAAAAAAAAAGAUCAUUUCUUUUCCCAACCGUUUUGGAAAGAGUUUUUUUUUUUUUUUUUUUUUGUGUCCCUCGCGACAUAAAUGUUGCUAAAGAGACGAUUCAGCAGCAUUUAAAAGUAAAGAAAUGACGGACCCGUAGGAUUGCAUGGCACAUAUCUGUAUGUUAUGGCAGUGCGAAGCCUUAAGUUCAGGAGCCAGGACACUAAAGAGGGCAACAACAGGACGAAGCCUUAAGAGUAAAUAUCUGUCUGUUCAAUAUUUAUAUUUCGUACGAGCCCAUCUGUCCAGUGUUACUGACAGUAGUGAAAGUUAGAAUAUAUUGUUAAUACAUCAUGUAAGUAGCCUUUAGUAUAUUGUUCAUUUAAGAAAGAUGAAUAAAGCAUGAGUUUUUCCAUAAUCAUACACA